UUACAAAUAUAUGUUUAUAUAUACAAUAUGAAAAGGCACAAGAUUCCUUCUACUCCACAAGUGCUUAACUGAACUGCACAAAUAUAGCUAGCUACAGAGAGAAACAUAUAGUGUGUGCAUGUGUGUGUACUCUAAGGUUAUCUAGCUAGAUGGAUAAGGAUGAUCAGAUGGUGGGUGGUGUAAGCUUAGAAAAUACUUGUAACUGGGAGCUGCAGGAUACUGCUGGAGAACAAGAUGAAGAUGAUACUCGACUUCCAGGGUUUCGAUUUCAUCCGACUGAUGAAGAGCUGGUAGGUUUUUAUCUUCGUCGGAAGGUUGAGAAAAGGCCUAUCAGGAUUGAGCUCAUCAAACAUAUUGAUAUUUACAAAUAUGAACCAUGGGAUCUUCCAAAAGGCAGUGAUGUUGGAGACAAAGAGUGGUACUUCUUUUGUAGAAGAGGCAGAAAGUACAGGAAUAGCACCAGACCCAACAGGGUCACAAGCUCUGGAUUUUGGAAAGCCACUGGCAUUGACAAACCAAUAUACUCAGAAGCCCGUCGAGAUCUGUGUGUUGGAUUGAAGAAAUCAUUAGUUUACUAUCGCGGAAGUGCUGGCAAAGGCACCAAGACUGAUUGGAUGAUGCACGAGUUUCGCCUCCCUCCUCCUGAUUAUCAAACCACCAAGACUCCCUCCAAAGUUAUCGAGCUUAAUGAUGCAAUAUUUCAAGAAGCUGAAGUUUGGACGCUUUGUCGAAUUUUAAAAAGAAAUGCGUCUCCAAAGAAAGAUCAGAAAAAUGCUAGUAAAAGAAAUACAUGCACUGGUGGAUCUGACAAUAUCCAUGGGUUGGAUAUCAAUACUUUCCAGCAGAGUCCAGUAUCUACUAAUCAGCAGAUUAAUGAGUACCAGCCAGCAGUUUUUCCAAAUAACCAGAUUGUUACAGAUUUAAACCAUUUGGUUAUGGGGCCAGUCACAAGCUCCAACUUUUCGAGCCCAGAAAUGAACGAGUUUGUGCAAUAUGCAGAUUGGGAAGAACUCAGAAGUUUUGCAGAGUUCGCUGGUAAUCAGUGCAUACUAUAAGAAAGUAUACUAGUUCACUCAUUCUCUCUUGUUUACAUAAUUUCUAUCUAAAUUUUCUAGAACAAGAGAAGGCUUCUCAGUCUUCAUACUAUAUGGGAUGUUAUACACGGCAUGUAUACAUUUACUUUUUAGUCUAUAAUAACUCUAAAGACUAGUAUA